CUCGACGAAUCUAGUUGUCGCCACAUUUGAGGAACUAUCGUGCUGGGCAUCAAUAACCUCGAGGUUUUGUGACUUACUUCACCCGCAAUUAUGAAUCGAAACAUAUCCGUUCGAAGAAGGAAUUCGGUUCCUUCGCGGAACCGCUUUAGUAUCUCCACGCUGCGUGGUACGCAGCAGCCCGAACUGAGCAAGAGAAUGAAUCGCCUGAUCAAGAACGAAAACGCGGCCAUUGCUGCUUACGAGAAGGCCGGUCGACAGCGCGUGUCUAUCGCGAAAGACCUCUCCGACUGGGGUGAAGCCACGGAAGACGACGCUGUCUCGGACAUCACUGAUAAACUGGGUGUGUUGCUGGCUGAGAUGGGCGAUCAAGAGGAACUCUUCGCGGCCUACCUGGAGGAGUACCGUACUGUUCUCAAACACAUUCGCGAAACGGAGAGUUCAGUUCAACCGUCGCGCAAUCAUCGAGCCAAGAUUGCGGACGAUAUCGCGAAGCUCAAGAUCAAGGAUCCCGAAAGCAUUAAGUUAGAGACUCUAGAACAGGAACUUGUGAGAGCGGAAGCGCAGAGUUUGGUCGCCGAGGCCCAGUUGACCAACAUGACCAGGUCCAAGCUCAAGGAGGCUUUCGAUAUUCAUUUGGCGGCAGUUAUCGAGCGAGGCGAGAAGCACAUUCUGCUCGCCCGCCAUGCCCGUCGCCUCCUUGGUAUCCUUGAUGACUCUCCUGUUGUCCCAGGAGAACCCCGGCAAGACUAUGACCGGGGCGAUAUGGCGAGUCAAAUUAUCAUGGAUGCUGAGAGAGACCUCCGCUCCUGGGAGAGUACUACCGUGCCUAUCCCGACCUCGGCCGGGCAGAUGCAUGAUAGCACACUCCUUCCAGCUCGUGCGGCUCGGGAAAGCCAGGCAAUAACUGCUGGUGAAUACGAAGAAGACGGCGCUGUUAUGUCCGACUCAGCUAGGGAUGUUACCGGGUCUGUCUCCGAGGCCCGUUAUGCUGGUGGAUAUCCCCCUGACGCUCAAGACACCCAUGACUAUGCAUCUGGGGCUCCCAACACUGGUGCGUAUAUCCCUGGAACUCAGGAAGCGGUUGAACCUACCACCGAAACUCAUGAGCUCCAAGAGCCCGUUGCAGAGCCAGUCAGAGGCACACAUGGUACUCAUGGUGGGCCCAGCGAUGCCAUCUCUUACAUCCCUGGAACUAAGCAACGGGUUGACCCUGUCACUGGAGCAGAAAACCUAGGAGAAUCUAGUACAGAGGUGGCGAGGGGCGUGGAUAGAGGAGCUUCCGGUGUUACUGGAUAUACAUCUGGAGUUCUUGACACUAGUCAAACCAUUCCUGGUACAAAGGAACAGGUUGAGUCCGUCAUUGCAGCCAGAGGCUUCGACGAACCUGUCACAGACACACCUGAUCAGGCCACUGAAAACAUCUCCAAUAAAAGCAUUCAUGAGUCCAUUACAGAUCCGACCAGGCACUUUGACGAGCCCUCCACUGAACUGACCGAAGGAACGGAGGUGACACAGGCUGUAGAUGAUAACGAUGGUUCUAUUCUGGCUGAAGUAAGAUCUGCUCGGGAAAAGCUUCAGGAGCAGCCCCAAGCCGCCUUGGGCAUUCCUCAAGCAGUGGCUGUUCCAUAUUAAGCCGGUCGAUAGUUGUAUCUUUGUGUUUGUUUAUCCUCUUUGCUGUUAUUUUCCAUUAUUAUGUAUAAUUAGUAUGCGACUGUAAGCACUGGUUAUUUUUCGGAUCAAUUAAACAGAGAAA